CUGUCAUCGAUGCCGAGGCGUCGCUUUGGAGCACGUCUCCACACCUCUGGCGAAUCGCGCUAAAAACUCUAUGGUCAAGGGAGCAGCCAAUGCCUUCACACUUGGGCAGACCCAAAGGCCCCUCAUACGAUACCAUGUCUAGAGCAGUCGGAGCGUGUCUGGGGCGGUCAAUGCAUCGAUAUUAUGAGUGGCAGAAUGAUAAUGGAGAUUUGAGCACCGUGAUCCUUUCUUGACCAUAGAACACCUUGUCGCUGCAAUUCGUGUUAUGAUUCUCGACAGUUUGUUGAACAUUUUUCUGGCCUGAUAGACACAUCCUACAGCUUGGGGCCUCUCAUUGAUUGUCUCCAAUGGCAUAUUUGCGCUUCACGCCCUUUCCUGAUCUCUGCUCCUCCCUUCAGCAGAAGGAGCCACAAGUCCGGUCUGAACAGCAAUGGCGGACCAGCAUUCCAAGCGUAGCACACGAUCAACUCGUGGUAGCCUGGGGACUGCUCUUGCAAGCAUAUACCGGCGAGGAUGAACCUGCUUUUCUCUUGGAUAAGGAAGCAGUCACUGUAAAUGCAGCUAAUCUGGUAUAUAUUCGCCGUGAUGAAGAGAUUCUAGACAAUGAAUCUACAAGGCAUACUGGCCUGUUUUUUAAUCUGUCGCCUGCACCGUGCCACCUUGCGUUGCAAUUAGAAUAUGAUGUCGAGCGGUCCACUGGCCGCCUUACGAGCUCUGGUCUUCUGUCUCCAAAUUGUUUGGCACAGGUUGGCCAGCAAUUGACGGCAAUAAUGCGCUCCCUAAUUACGAAGGAGAAUGAUACGACCUACUCUUAUCCUACCGACUGCGGCGAACCACUCUCAAUUCUCAAUAAACAUCCCCGCUUAUUUAACGGCCCGAACAUGCUUCAUCGGUUGCUCGAGAAGCACUCAGAAAAAGAAGACUGUGCAAUUGACUUCCUGGAGGCGGAUGGGUCUCAUAGGACUUAUUCAUAUGCCGCUGUGGAAAAACACUCCAAUAAUAUUGCACUUAAGCUUCGCACACUCCUUUUCAGCGGCGAUAAUGCUUCCAAACAGCAUAUUAUACCGAUACUUAUUCCUCAGUCCCCCGAGCUUUACAUUUCAAUCAUUGGAAUUCUCAAGGCUGGCGCCGCAUUUUGCCCGUUAAACCUUGACGCUCCGCAAGAUCGGCUCCAAUUCAUUUGUAAAGAUGUUUGUGCAAAAGUCCUCGUCACAACUCAAGCGUGUGAGAAACGACUAAGCUGGCCUGGCUGCCCACAAACUGUAAAUAUUGACUUAAUUACGGAACCUGCGUUCGAGGAAAGAGAAGGGGAAAAACGGGUCGCAGAAUGUAUCGACUUACACCAGGCUGGCCUGGCAUAUGUAAUGUAUACUUCUGGAAGCACAGGGGCUCCUAAAGGUGUUGGGGUCUCCCAUGCCGCGGCGAGUCAAGCGUUAUUAGCGCAUGAUCGUCAUAUACCGUCAUUUAAUCGUUUUCUUCAGUUUGCUGCCCCUACGUUCGACGUCUUCGUAUUUGAAACAUUCUUUCCUCUGUAUAGAGGUAGUGUCCUAACUACGUGUCGUCGGGAUCAGCUUCUAAGGGACCUACCCGACACCAUGAGUAGGUUGCAGGUUGAUGCGGCAGAGUUGACGCCGACAGUCGUAAGCGGACUAUUGCGGACGAGGGAUGCUGUCCCAACACUCAAGGUGCUGCUUACGAUUGGCGAAGCUCUGCCACGGGGAAUAAUCGAUGAGUUUGGCGGAUCUUCAAGCCAGCAAUCAAUACUAUACGCAAUGUACGGACCUACUGAGGCCGCCAUUCAUUGCACCUUGGUACCUCGAAUGUUAUCAAGUAGCAAGGCUGGUACAAUUGGCGUUCCGCUGGAUACUGUAUCUGCUCUUAUUAUACCACCACACCGUCCAGGGGCUUCCAGCCCGGACGAUGUUCAGGCCUUGCCUCAAGGUUUCGUCGGUGAGCUUGCCGUUGGUGGAAAUCAACUCGCAGACGGUUAUCUCAAUCGACCAAAUAAGACAAAGGAAGCUUUCAUUGAUACCAGGCAUUACGGUCGGAUCUACCGUACCGGGGACAAAGCAAGGUUGCUCGCAGAUGGCUGCAUUGAGUUCCUUGGAAGGAUAUCCUCCGGCCAAAUCAAGCUUAGGGGCCAAAGAGUGGAACUAGGGGAGAUCGAAGAAGCCGCUACACAGACAAUAGGUGUAAGGUUAUCCGUUGCCUUAGUGAUCCACGGAAAACUUGUGGUUUUCUGCGUCGCUGAUGACAAUCGAGUCACGUCGAAUGAUGUAUUGAGUACUUGUCGAAGCUGGCUUCCAGCAUUCAUGGUGCCUGCUGACAUCGUCGUGACAAAUGAAAUUCCAAGGCUAGCAUCAGGCAAGGUUGACAGGAAAGCGCUGGAACGCGACUACCAAGAGUCUCAGCCUUCGGGCACCCUUCCGGGUGAUGAGGAGCUGGAUGAGAUCGAGCAAAAGAUAUUGGAAACCGUCCAAGGCAUUUUAGGUUCCAGGAUUUCGAAAUCUGCAAGUCUUGUCUCAGUUGGACUUGAUUCGUUACUUGCAAUAAAGUUGGCUUCACAACUUCGUCCUCUAGGAUUUGACAUCAGUGCUGUUGAUCUAUUAGCCCUCAAUUCCGUUGAGAGAAUUCGCACCCGCUGCAGUCCAUCUGAGAAAGAUUUUGUGGUCGACAGUAAGCAAAAGAACGCUGAGCAUAUCUGGCAGGAGCGAUGCGCUCAAACACGGCACGCCAUCGAAGAUGCUUUAGGCACAACAACUACGAUCGCUGAUAUUGAAGGUACAAUGCCUUGUACUCCUUUGCAGGUUGCCAUGCUCUCUGAGACUGCAAGGAACCCCAAAGCAUACUGCAAUUGGAUCGAGCUUCAAGUGCGUUCAGAUGUUUCUAUUCCACAGAUCAAAGAAGCCUUUCAAGCUGUCGCGAAGAACAAUACAAUUUUAAGAUCCGGAUUUAUCAGUGCUCCCACUAGUACGGGGCCUUAUGUGCAAGUUAUUUGGCGAGAUCUUUCAGAUACGCAAUUUCGACAGACUGAAAAGUUCAGCUAUGGAUUUAGCUUAGACGGGAUGAACGCCUAUCUGCGGCCUUUGCGCGUUCAAAUUGGUUUCAUUGAUGGCGAAUUGCGCAUCCUAGCCCACAUUCAUCAUGCUCUUUAUGACGGCUGGUCCUGGGAGCACCUUUUGAACGACAUAGGAGACCUGAUUAAGGGGAAGCCCCUCGUCGAACGUCCGCAAUUUCAAGAAGUCGUUAAAUAUAAUAUGAAGUUCAUCGAGGGGCUCUCGUUUUCUGAAAGUAAAGCGUUUUGGCAAGCACGACUUGCUGAUAUUACACCUUCGUUACUACCGAAUCUCAGUGGCCGCGAGCCCGCACCUCCCAGCUUUGAUAUUCAGCACUGGAGAAUGGAGACAAGCCCUGCCAAGCUGGCAAGCUUCUCUAGAAAGCUUGGGGUCGGCCUACAGACUUGUUUCCAAGGUGCCCUGGCUUAUAUCCUAAGCCGCUACAUUGGGACAUCGGAAGUCAUAGUAGGCAACGUAUUUUCUGGUCGUACCUUGCCUAUCACUGGUGUUGAAGAAAUCAUGGGUCCGUGUAUCUCUACCUUGCCGGUGCCAACUUCUGUACUUGCAUCACAAACUAUUGCGGAAUACUUACAAAAUCUCCACCACAAAAAUCGGGAAAUGCUCGAAUUCUCAACAUUCCCCCUUGGUGAGAUCAAGAAAUGCUCGAAAAUGGAACCUGGUCAGCCACUUUUCGACGUAUUAUUCGUAUGGCAACAAACGCUACAAAGCGAAGAUGAUUCCCGAAUAUUUCGCCAAAUAAAUUCUAGGGAUUUUCUGGAGUUCAACCUUACUUUGGAAGUUGAGCCUUCCCCGGAUCAAAUCCGAGCAAAGGCAACUUUUAAUGAGUCUAUAAUUCCUCAAGCCCAUGUUGAAAUUCUUCUGCGGCAGCUAGAUCAACUUGUUUCUGCUUUCAUCGACCGAUCGAUCGAAAGGGUUUCCUGUUUGGACUCUUGCUUUGACCAGCAUGCGCUAUCCAUCCAGAGCAUCAGCGAUGAUGUCCAUGAUCCGCCAAGCCCAUCAACCCUUUUUGAGGCAACAGUGCAGCGAGCACCUGGAAAUAUUGCAAUCACAAUCGCUAAUUCUAUCACUGGCAUCGAAGUCGAAUAUCAAUCCUUAACAUACCUCGAGCUGGAUCAGCGCGCAAACCAGCUUGCUCAUUUCUUGUUAGCAAAUUCAGUACAGCCGGACGAUCUCGUCUGCAUUUGUAUGGAGAAAUCGUUGGAAUUAUACACCUCAAUAUUAGCGGUGAUCAAAUCAGGUGCGGCAUAUUUGCCGUUAACGCCCGAGACUCCAAGAGAUAGAUUCAAGCAUAUCCUGGAAACCGCGAAAGUAAAGCUCUGCCUCGCGAGAUCUUCCUCGAGGACCACGUUGGAAAUUCCAGAAUCCGUCGUUGGUAUCAAUGUUGACGAGACAGACUUCGGUGCUUUUUCUUCCAAAAACCCUGUGUCGCCGUGCAAUGACUCGAAUAUUGCGUAUGCAGUUUUCACCUCCGGAAGUACAGGAACGCCUAAAGGUGUUCUGGUGACACGAAAAAAUCUUUCAACCAACCUUGAGGUCUUGAUGACGGAGUACCCACACCCCUUGGGUUCACGAUUAUUACAAGCUUGCUCUCAAGCUUUUGAUGUUUCUGUUUUCGAGAUCUUCUUUACAUGGUCCACGGGCAUGACCCUUUGCUCUGCUACCAACGAUGUUUUAUUCCGUGAUAUCGAACAUGCAAUCCGGAAAAUGGGAAUUACUCACCUGAGUCUAACGCCGACGGUGGCGGGGCUCAUAGACCCACGUAACGUUCCCAAUGUCAAAUUUCUCGUCUGCGCUGGUGAAAGCAUGACUUCGAAAGUUUUCCGCAGCUGGGCUGGCAGAGGACUUUAUCAAGCCUAUGGGCCGAGCGAGACAACCAAUGUUUGCACACUCAAGUCCAGGGUACUUCCGUCUGAUGCCAUUAAUAAUAUCGGUCAAGCUUUGCGUAACACCUCCGCUCUCGUUAUUCGAGGCGAUAGUCCGAACAUAUCACCCGUUCCCAGAGGUAGUUUGGGUGAGUUUUGUUUCGGUGGGGACCAAGUUUGUCGAGGAUACCUCAACAUGCCUGCAAUGAACUCUGAGAAGUUUUUCUCGCACCCGGAGCUCGGCAAACUAUAUCGAACCGGAGACUACGGGCGGAUGCUGCAUGAUGGUUCUUUGGUGUUCGUAGGCCGAGCCGAUGAGCAGGUCAAACUGCGGGGGCAGCGAAUUGAGCUUGGGGAAAUUAAUAAUUGUUUGCUUCAAGCCUCGUGUCUGGAGAAUUGUAUCACGAUGCUCGUGGAAUCUCACACAACCCGCGCCGCGCAGCUAGUAUCGUUCUGGAUCCCAUCAGGCAGCGCCAAUUCUGAAACGAGAAUCUUAUCUGUUGACGAAGGCAUAAAGGUCCACAUCGGGGAGCUAAAUGAUCGUCUCAAAUUGACCCUCCCUGCAUAUAUGCAACCUGCAUUUUUGAUCCCAAUUACACAAAUCCCUCGGACCAGUCAAGGGAAGGUCGACACACGCCGGCUACAGUCCAUCUUUGAUGGUCUGGGAAACGAAUAUCUCGAUUCGGCGUGUCAGCAGCAAGAUGAGAGUGAGUCAGGAACUGCAUGGUCAGAUCUUGAUCUGAAAAUUCUAGAGGCAGUUUCGCAGGUUGUUGGUGUCUCUGCCUCAGCUAUUCGGCGUCAUACCUCAUUAUUCAGUCUUGGACUUGACUCUAUCUCAGCUAUUGCUCUUGUGGGACGCUUGAGAGAGUCCCUUUCCUGUCAGCUUGACGUCUCAGCUAUUUUGAAAAAGCCCACAAUUGCCUCACUAGCCGGCGAAGUCAUUAAGCUCCGCCAAGAAAGCAAAGAAGCUAAAACAGUCUCGACUGAUCCUCAGAUUUACUUUGAUCGAAGCUUUUUGGACGAUACUGUGAGUAUAUUCGAAGGAAAUGGGAAGAGUGUUAGAAAAAUACUUCCGUGCACUCCCCUGCAAGAUGCAAUGCUUUCGGCUGCCAUUGCUCGCGGCAACAAGGCUUACUUUAACCAUUCUGUCAUUGAAAUAAAUGGUGACAUGGAGAGGCUUAGAAAGGGCUGGGAGAUGAUGGUGAAGAGGCACGAUAUCCUUCGGACUUGUUUUGUAUCCAGCAAUAGUCGGGUUUCUGCUUUUGCUCAAGUUAUUUUGGAUCAAUGUGAUACUCCUUGGAGGGUGAUUGAGGCUUCACCGGACUCGCUUGGAGUUGCAAUUGACGCUCGCAAGGCUGAAAUAACAACGUUCAUGGACAAAAAUGCGCCGCCAUUUGCUUUAUCUGUCUUCAGAACAUCUCAGGGGAUACAUUUGCUUCUAUCGAUGCAUCAUGCACUUUACGAUGGUCGCGCUUUGUCAUUGUUGUUUGAGGAAGUCGAGCAUGCUUAUCUCGGACUGGAGUUGAUGCCCACUGUUCCUUUCGAAUCUUUCCUCGAAUAUUCGGCUGGAAUGGAGAAAGAUGAGGCUGAUGCAUUCUGGGAACGGCAACUGAAAGAUUUCACACCAACUUCUUUCCCUGAUCUCACAGGUAAGUCUGCUCGGGAAAGGAGAACGCUUACUGGAAGCAGUGUCGCAAGAAUGGUCUCAGCUUUGCCGCUUAGCAAGAUACAGAACGAAUGUAGACUGCUUUCAACAACUUUGCUUGCCGUGGGUCAGGCCGCCUGGGCCAAACUCUUGUCUGUUUAUCUGGGAGAAGAGGAUAUCUGCUUCGGCAAUAUUGUAAGCGGCAGAACGAUUCCCCUCGAUGGCGUUGAUCGCAUUGUGGCGCCUUGUUUCAACACACUGCCAGUCAGGGUUGCAGUGACCCAAAGUCCAACAAAUAGAGAUCUGGCACAGAAAUUGCAUGCGAUAAAUACCUCUGCCCUCCAAUACCAAUUUACUCCGCUCAGACGCAUUCAAGCCAAGCAUGGCGAGAGCGGGACGCAUCUUUUCGAUACAUUAUUCCUGUUACAGCAACCCCAAUCAGGUCUCGACCACAGCAUAUGGGCUUUAGAGGACGACACUGGAGACAUGGACUUCCCUGUUGUCUGUGAGCUGAUACCGAAUACUGCGGAGAACACUCUUCAAUUUUCAUUAUAUUACUAUCAUUCCAUUAUGGAUGACCAAGAUGCAUACCGGAUCCUGCGUUCGUUAGACGUCUCACUUUCAACCUCUUUCGAUCAACCUUCAACUGCUCCACUCGAUUUUAGUAUGUUCUCCCAUGACCUUCUUUCAUCGAGCAACACGGACUUCAAAACUCUCAAUCCAUUAAACGGAGAUGUCAUAACAAAAUCUUUUGAGAGGAAUGUGGCGUUAUCUCCGAAUGAGCUUGCGCUAGAUUUUCUGGGGGCGGAUGGGCAACGGACAAUCUGGACUUUCGACCAGUUGAAUAGAUACGCCAACCGCAUUGCGAACACUUUAAUCGCACGGGGUACGAGUUCAGAAGAGGCAACACCAAUUUGUCUUCGGAAAAGUCCCCAGUUCUAUGCGAGCGUGCUGGGUGUCCUAAAAGCUGGUGCUGCUUUCACACCGAUUGAUCCUCAAGCGCCAAGCGAGCGAAAAGCGUUCAUUCUCCAGGAACUUGGUGCGCGAACCAUACUUUCAAGCAGCGAAAUUGACCUCUCGUGGUGCGACGUUUCCGUUGUUGACGUCGACAUUGUCAUGAGAUCCGACGGCUGUGCUACAAAUCCAAACAUCCCAUACAGCCCUUCGAGCCUGGCGUAUAGACUCUACACCUCUGGUUCGACCGGACAGCCGAAAGCGGUCAGCGUAGAGCAUAGAAACGCCAUCCAAACAAUUGAGAGCUCAAGAUCGGCUCUACCAUGGGAAAGAGGCUUACGUUUUCUUCAGUUUGCGGCCAUUACCUUCGAUAUGUGCUACUAUGAUUGCUUUUUGGCUUGGAAUUUUGGGCUAGCAUUGUGUGCAGCUCCCCAAUCAACGCUGCUGAAUGACCUUGCCUCUGUUAUUAAUCGUCUGAAUGUUGACAUGCUCGACUUGACACCCACUGUGGCCUCCACUUUAGCACGAUCGGCUGUCCCGUCGGUAAAAUGUCUUUACUGCAUCGGUGAAGCUAUGCCUCAGAAACUGGCCGACGAAUGGGAUGGCUUAUGUUUGAAUUCUUACGGUCCAACCGAGGCUGCUAUGUGCUGCACAGUAUAUAGAGUUCAACCAGACAUCAAAUCCUCCGUUAUCGGCAUUCCUUUUCCAACUACGUCGUUCACGGUAAUUUCUCGUAUCAGCGGCUGUACCGUGCCAACGUACGGAAUUGGAGAAUUACUCAUCGGAGGAGGCCAAGUAGCUCGCAACUACCAUGCAAACAAAAAAUUGACCAAGGCCCAGUUCAUCAUUGGUAAAGAUGGACAAAGAAAAUACAAAAGCGGGGAUCUUGUGAGAAUGCUCGGUAACGGGCUUUUUGAAUUUAUUGGGCGCGCCGAUGAUCAGGUCAAAAUACGUGGGCAGAGGGUGGAGCUUGAUGAGAUCAAUGCCGUAAUUAAGGCUGGAGUUGAUGGAAUUAGGGACGUUUCGACGCAGGUAUUGAAACAAUCAACAAACACAAAGGAGCAACUAGUCAGUUUUCUUGCGACUGGCUCGUCUUUCGACAUCGAUAGGGCCCCUACAGUCAAGGAUUGCGCUCGCAAAGCGGCAUCUCGGAAGUUACCAAGCUACAUGGUACCUACUAUCUUCGUUGUACUAGACAAUAUCCCUCUUUCCGCAGCAGGCAAGGUUAACAAGCGUGCACUGCUUGAAACUUUUCAAAAGGAACAAGAGAGCAGCCUUGAUACCCAACAAGCAUCCGAUGCAAAUGCUCCGGAAUCCCAUGACUGGUCUCCUGAAGAACAACAGGUCCGUUCCAUCCUGUCCACGCUGUCAGGAUUACAGAAGCAACAGAUGAGACGGGAUACAACCAUCUAUCAAUUGGGCUUAGAUAGCAUCAGUGCUGUUCAGAUUGCGUCUUCUCUUCGAGACCGUGGCUACCAGGCUAGUGUUGGCGACAUUUUGAAGGGCCCGUCAAUUGAGCAAAUUUCCACCACAUUGAGAGCUGACGCAAGCAAAGUUGACUUGCCGAUUUUCAAUUUUGAACGUUUCGAAAAGGAAAAUGGCCAAAGUGUUCGCGCCACUCUAGGGAACCGUCAAGUUGAGCUAGAAGCGAUACGGCCUUGCACGCCUAUACAAUCUGGAAUGAUUGCCCAGUUCAUCCAUUCUCAAGGACAUAUGUACUUCAACCACCUUGUCUUGGAGUUUGAUAGCAGCAUCGACACCAACAGAGUCCUUGAGGCUUGGCAAGCGGCUGCGGUGAAAUUUGAAAUACUUCGCACCGGUUUUGUCAAGACUUCUGACAGACAAUAUCCGUUUGCAAUGGUGACCUACAAAGCAGCAGCCUUGCCGGUCCUGUGUGGUGAUUUGGGAACUUCCUCUUCUCCACUUGCCACCCUGCGAAGACAGAGACAGGAUAUCGGAAGACGAGUCCUUGAUAAUUUGCAUCUGCCACCAUGGCACUUGACCACGGUGCGCACACAAGAGGGGAAGCUUACGCUCCAACUUUCCGCGCAUCAUGCUUUAUAUGAUGCACACUCUCUCAACAUCAUCCUCAACGACAUUCAAAGUUACUACCAUACAGGCAAUAUGCGAUCGACCCCUUCGUUGAACCCUGUUCUUGGUGCAAUUUUAGCGGCAAAUGAGGAUGAUACUGAGCAGGAAAUCUUUUGGCGUGGAAUGAGUAAUCGUGUCGCCGUCAGCAAGUUUCCAAAUUUGACGCCUUUGCGGGUCAGUGCAAACAGCAGUCCAGUUCUGACAAAGGUCUGUUCAGAGUUGCGCACCAAACUUGAGUAUAAGUGCAGGACCUUGGGCAUCACCCUUCAAGCGGCUGGGCAAGCUGCUUGGGCGCGGGUUCUGUCGGCUUAUACUGGGGAAUUUGUUGUGACCUUUGGAUCAGUCUUUUCUGGAAGGACGUUGGGUAGGGAUGCUGAACUGGCCGUAUUUCCCUGCAUAUCUACGCUGCCCAUCCCUGUACAGGCUACAGGAAGCAACCUUGACUUGCUGCGCCAAGUCAUGGAGACAAACGCCAGGUUGAUACAGCAUCAAUUCACGCCCCUUCCAAAAAUCCAGCAUUGGACUGGCAAUCCAUCUCGAACUCUUUUUGAUACUCUUUUUGUAUAUCAGAAGAUUAGUGAAAAGAGGCAAAUAGCCGACUUUGGAUCCGUUGUUGACGAACAGGCUUCAGUAGACUAUGCCAUCUCGAUCGAAAUGGAGCCUCUAGGUGCCGAAGAUGUUGAGUUUCGGAUCACAUUCAAGGAAGAUUUGAUCCCCCCUAAGCAAGCCUCAAUCUUGUUAGAUCAGCUUCACGCAGUGCUUCUGGACACGCUCAAUUCUCCUCACAACGACUGCAGCGAUAUGACAAAUUUAAACCCCGCCCUCCUAUCUGUCGUUCCUCCAAAGCAACCAACUCUCUCCUCUGAGGUUGAAUUACUCCAUCAGUUUGUUGAGCUGCAUGCUCUCAGGACGCCGGGCAAGGUAGCCUUCGAGUUCGCAACAGAUCUCCAUAGUGGGAAUACGGUGAAAAGACAAUGGACAUACCAGCAGCUUGAUGAAGAAGGAAAUAGAGUAGCGCAUCUGAUACAAAAAUAUGGCGCUUCUCCUGGUGAUCUUGUUGGCAUUUGUUUUGACAAAUGUCCGGAGGCUUCUUUCGCUAUCCUCGGUAUCAUGAAAGCUGGCUGUGCUUAUGUUGCUUUAGACCCGAGCGCGCCAAUUGCACGAAAAGGCUUUAUCAUUAAGGAUUCUCAGGCUAGACUUAUAGUCACGACUACUGAUCUGACGCAUGAACUGAGGGAGAACGUGGAGGUUCCGGUACUGUCUCUUGAUGGCGCAGAAAAUGCCUCGGGAAUGCCAUCGAGACCGCCAACUUUGAGCAGGCAAAUUUGCGCGUCUGAUGCUUGCUAUUGCCUUUACACAUCUGGAACAACUGGUACGCCCAAAGGCUGCGAGCUCACUCACGAAAAUGCCGUCCAAGCUAUGCUGGCUUUCCGCAUCUUGUUCUACCCACAUUGGGACGAGCAGUCGCGCUGGCUCCAAUUUGCAUCUUUCCAUUUUGAUGUUAGCGUUCUUGAGCAGUUCUGGAGUUGGAGUGUUGGUAUUUGCGUGUGCUCGGCUCCCCGUGAACUCAUUUUCGAAGACAUAGCUGGCGCUAUCCGUGAACUCGAAGUGACGCAUAUUGACCUUACUCCUAGCUUAGCAAGGAUAUUGCAUCCCGAUGAUGUUCCUUCAUUAUGCAGGGGCGUCUUCAUCACUGGUGGUGAACAACUUAAACAAGAGAUCCUAGAUGCCUGGGGUCCUAAGCAAGUGAUCUACAAUGGAUACGGCCCUACGGAGGCGACCAUAGGAGUCACAAUGUAUCCAAGAGUGCCCGAAAAUGGGAAACCUUCAAAUAUUGGAAAGCAGUUCGAAAACGUGGGCUCCUAUGUGUUUCGACCCGGAAGUACAAUGCCCGUGCUACGCGGUGCCGUGGGUGAGCUGUGCGUUUCCGGAAAGCUUGUUGGUCGAGGUUAUCUGAAUCGACCAGAGCUCACUCGCGAUCGAUUUCAAUACCUCGAACAAUUUUCUGAGAGAGUAUAUCGCACUGGAGACUUGGUGAGGACCUUACAUGACGAAACUUUCGACUUUCUUGGGAGAUCCGAUGACCAAGUCAAGCUCCGUGGUCAACGUUUGGAGAUAGGUGAGAUCAACGACGUGAUAAAAAGAGCGAGCGAUAGUAUCGAAGAAGUUGCCACACUCGUGGUUCGGCACCCGCAGCAGCAGAAGGAGCAGCUAGUAUCAUUUGUUGUUUCCAAGGAUUGGAAAAGGACCAAUAGCAAAGACCGCAAUCCUUUGUUUGUUUCAGGGUUUAGCAAGGAAAUGGGUUCCAUUUUCAACGCUUGCAAAGCAAAACUACCCGGUUACAUGAUUCCGACUCACUUUCUUCCUUUGACCUCCAUUCCUCUUUCCCCCAACAACAAAGCUGAUGCACGAAGGCUCAAAGAUAUCUAUUGUGAGCUCUCUAUUUCGGAGCUACAAAAUCUCACUACCGCCGGCAGCGAGGAUGAAGAGCAGCUCGUGGGUGAAGAAGAAAUAAUAGCUCAGAUAUUAUUACAGAGGACCGGUCUUGAGGGCACAAAGGUUACAAAAGCAUCCACAAUAUUUGAACUCGGUCUAGAUUCGAUCUCGGUUAUCGAAUUUGCUAAUGAGUUGAAACGUGUCGGAUUCGUAGGAGCUCAUUCUAUGCUCAUACUACAGAAUCCUGCACUUGGUCAGCUUGUUAAAGCUUUGGCGUCAAAAGAAGGAUCGGAUACCACUUCCGAUGAAGCUUCUCUCGUUUCCUCGCAAAGAAUCAGGGCUUUUGCUCAUAGGCAUACAUACACCGCCUGUGAGGCUCUCGGGCUCCCCCAGGAUAGCGUUGAGAGUAUUGCGCCAUGUACUCCAUUGCAGGAAGGAAUGAUCUACCGAGCGCUUGAAAGUGACAAGGGGCUCUAUUUCGCUGCAUUCCGCUAUCAUGUUAAAGAAAGCUUAAAUUGGCCUGCCUUGAAGGAGGCUUGGACUCGAGUAUUGGCCUACACGCAGAUUCUACGCACAAAAUUUGCCUUGACCGCGGAUGGCUACGCCCAAGUAGCUCUAAAAUCGAUGGCCCUGCCUUGGCAAGAGGUAUUCCUUCCCUCUUCCGAGGACAUUGGUGCUGUUUCAAAGCAAUAUUAUUCGGAAUGGCACAGCAACAGCCGCAGCCUGGAGGAGCGCCCGUUCGAGCUUGUGAUUUUCCGGUCGGGCUCUCAGACUUGGAUGUGCAUCCAUAUUUUCCACGCGCUGUAUGAUGGUAUCAGUCUACCUAUGAUACUUGAUAGAGUCCUGCAGGAAUACAAUGGAGAGGAUGGCAUUACUUACGGUCCUCCAUUUCAACAAGUGCUGGCGCUUGGACCGCUCAAGGAGCCAGCCAAAGCUAAAGACUUCUGGACAAGACAUCUGAAACUUUGCAAGUAUCAGGAGUUGCCGCCAAUCAUCUCUCAACCCUCUGCAACCGACUCAUUUGUCUCACGGGACUUUCUAGCUUCCAAGCAAUUGGAAACGGUUAGAAGACGCUUGAAUGUCACAGCACAAUCCUUAAUCCAAGCCUGCUGGGCCACUGUCCUUCAGCGAAUAUUUAAUGCCAAAACCGUCACCUUCGGUCUCGUGGUUUCGGGACGAUCAGCGGCUGAACAGCUUACCACUACAAUAGGACCCUUAUUCAACACUAUCCCGUUCGCCGUUACGUUGGAAGAAUCCGAAAGUGGAGCUAGCCUCGUUCAGAAAUGCCAUAAGCUGAACAUGGAAGCUUUGCAAUACCAGCAUACCCCACUACGCAAUAUUGCCAAAUGGUGCCAAAGAACGCCAGAUCACCCUCUAUUCAAUACUUUGUUUGUUUUCCAAAAAGAAGUUGAUUCUCCGACUGUGCAGCCUGAGUUAUUAUGGACUCCACUUGAGGAUGAGUCGCAAGCUGAUUAUCCAAUUGCUUUGGAAGCCCAUCAGAAAGCCGAUGGGGUUCUCCGGCUCACACUUUCUGCGCAAAAGGAAAUAUCGAACAAUGACACAUCGAUACAACUUCUCAUCGAAUUGGAUGCUGCCAUAGCACGCCUCAUCCAUGACAUGGAUAGCACCGUUUCUCUUUCCCUUUCUAACGGCCAUGCACCAGAGAGAGAUGUCUCUGGGGAAAAUACAACUCAAGAGGAUAAAAAUCUCCUCAAUGGCUCCGCAGCAAACAAUACCUUCCAAUGGAGCCCCACUGCCGAGCAUAUCCGAGGAGAGAUAGCCGAUUUAGCUGGGGUAGAAGCAACAGAUAUUAAUGAGCAUUCCACCAUAUUCGAGCUUGGCCUUGAUAGUAUUGAUGCCAUCAAGCUUUCUUCUCGGCUGAAGCGAAAGGGACUUCAUGUUUCCGUCGGCGAUAUUUUGAAGGCUCUUACAGUUCCAAAAAUAACACAGAAGCUGUCCGGUGCGAUAAUCACAAAUGGAACGGACAAUGGAGCACUCAAGGUCAAUGAAUACCGAAGACUGCUCAUGGAAUAUCUUUCCAGAAACCAGCGAAGCAUUGAGGAUAUUGAAGAUAUUCUACCUAUUACUCCUCUCCAGGAGGCAAUGCUUGCGGAUAUGCUUACCACCGAGUUUUCCACGUAUUUCAACCAUGACGUUCUGGAAAUUGCACCGACAGUGGACGUUCGCCGCCUUCGGAGCUCUUGCGCUGCCGUUGUCCAGAAUUCUCCAAUUCUUAGAACCGCGUUCCUGGAAAUCGACGACCCUGCUAUUCCGGGAACUUACGCACAAAUGAUACAAAGAUCCUCGCCAAAUCCUCGAACUUGUCAGAUGGUCUCUCUUGACGAAGACGAUACAUUUGACAAGAUAUUUGAAUUCAUCAAACGGGAUGUGAUGAAGUGCAUGCAGGAUAUUCCACCCUUCAGGAUCACUGUAGUCACUGGAGCUGAGAAGAAUUAUCUUGUCCUGUCUCUUGCCCAUGCCUUAUAUGAUGGCUGGUCGAUUGGUCUUCUUCAUGAAGACAUUCAUAGGGCAUACCACGAGAGUUAUAACCCUCGGCCGCCUUACAACACACUUAUUGAGGAGAUAGUUGCAGCCUCCGGGGACGAGGCAGAGAAAUUCUGGGCAAACGAGCUCUCCGGAGUGUCACCUACCUGCUUCGGUGAACAGGACAAGCCAAUACGCGAACAAGGAGGACUGUCUCGUGACGAAUGCACUGCAUCUCUCGGUCUUGAGAAGGUACAAUCAUUUUGCAAACAGUUUGGAGUCAACCUGCAGGCGCUUGGUCUGACGUGUUGGUCCAUUGUCCUCGGAAAUCGUCUUCACAAAUUAGACAUAGUAUUCGGUACAGUUCUUUCUGGUCGAAACAGUGAAGAAGCGCAGGAGAUAAUGUUCCCUGCCAUGAAUACUGUUCCGGUCCGUGUUGUGCUUCAUGGAACAGGCAAGGAGAUGGUCCAAUAUCUGCAGGAAACCAGUGCCAAUAUGAUGCAGUAUCAACAUUUUCCAUUGAGGCGUGCGCAGGCCCUUGCAAAGACCGACGGACGGAGAUUGUUUGACAGUCUGUUCAUUUAUCAGAAAGGCUUUGCCGCUGGAAUUAAUGAUGGGACGCUCUAUCAUUCUGUCAAUAGCUUCUCGAAUACUGAGUAUCCCGUCUGCGUCGAAAUGGAGGCGUCAGAGGGUGAUCUAGUUUGGCGAGCAGCGUGCCAAGGGAACUCUUUUGAUGCAGCGUCCACGCGCGAACUUUUGCAAGACCUAGACCAAGCGCUCUUCUCGAUCAUCUCAGAUCCGGAUUCUUCCAUUCUAGAUGUCCAGCAGAACAAAGUCACUCUCUGUGGGCUCUCUCCGUUUACCAUUGAUGACUUUACUGCCGAUCCUCGGCCGGGAAGCUCACCGGCUUUACUCAAGCAGCCUACCAAGAAUACUCACUGGUCUCCAACUGAGAUGACUGUUCGAGAGGUUCUUGCCAGUGUCGCCAGAAUUCCAUCCCAGGAGAUUUCCAAGGAUACCACAAUAUUUCAUUUGGGUCUCGACUCGAUCAGUGCGAUCAAAUUGGCAUCCCAAUUGAAAAAACAUGCCCUGAGAAUCAAGGUUGGAGAUAUACUGAAAGCGGGUACUGUCGAAGGUAUAGCGCGUCUUGCUGGGUCAGAGGGCGCUCCAGAUCUUCAAUUUGACGCAGGCGCCGUUUUGCUGAGAGCGGUUGGGGACGUUCGAGGUCAAGAGGUCGUUGCAGAUUUUGGUUUCCAACAGGAUAACAUCGAACGAAUUGCUCCGGCAACACCAGGACAAAGUUAUUUCCUUACUUCCUGGCAGAAUACAAGAGGUUCGCUGUUCUAUGCAACCUUCAGUUAUAUAAUUCGGAAAGACUUGAGCGCAUGUCGGUUGGAGGAGGCUUGGCAAACUUUGGUUGAUCGCUCGGCACUCUUGCGUUCAACUUUCGUCUCAAGCGGCUCCACCCGUGCUCCUUUCCUGCAGAUCACCUUUAAGUCAUACAAGAACAGCAUUGUGUGGGUUCCAGCUAGCGAUAAGGGCAUCUUCGAAACGCACAGGAAGGUCGACUUUAAACUUCCUCCCGUCACAUUAUUUGCUUACAAGGAUGAUAAUAGAGUCAUACUAAACCUUCAGAUUCACCACGCUCUAUAUGAUGGUGUCAGUCUACCAGCGCUCCUUCGCAGUCUUGAGGUUCUAUGUAAUAAUGUCCACGCUGCGGUUGACCUUCAAGCUGAUAUGGACGACUCUAUCGCUUUCUUCUACCUUGAGGAAGCUCAAGUCAAACGACGCGAGUUCUGGGCAAAUUAUUUGACCGAACAAAACCCCCGCCUCUCUAUAACGAAGCCGCUUGAAGCCCCUCAUAGGACUCAGGUGUUCUGUCCGAAUGUUAUCUCAAAGGUCCAUAUCUUGGAAAGCUUGGUCAGAGAAAACGGGCUGAGCAUUCAGGCUCUCUUCCUGGCUGUCUAUGCGAGGGUCUAUGCUGGCCUGGUUCAGCAUUCUCAACCUGGUGAACCUGCUCAAGUAGUGUUCGGAAUGUACCUUGCGAACAGGUCCCACUGGCUCGAGAAGACUUCGAACAAUGGAGCACCCACGGUCAAUUUCGUGCCCCUGCGUGUUUCUCAUCCAUUAGAUGGAUCCAUAAUGGCAAUGGCACAACAGGUGCAUAAAGACCUUCAAAAUGUUGGCAGUCUCGAGAACUCUGCUGUCUCUCUGUGGGAAAUUUUUGAAUGGACAGGUGUUAAAAUUGACAGCUUUGUCAACUUCCUGAAGCUACCCGGUGCAGACGACAUAAACGGAGUUGAGCCGGACACAGCAAAAGCUGGCAUUUCCAUUGAAGAAUGCAUCCCAUCUUGGAGCGGUGGUACAAAGACUGUUGUCAGGGAUAAUGUGGAAAGAUUCACAGACCCUUUGUUGCUGAAGAACAAUCCUGUCAAGGAAGUCCUUCCGCCUGCAAUAGAUAUUGAAGCCUCGAUCACUGCGGAUUCCCUGGAUGUUGGAAUAUUUGGCUCAACUGAGCUUGUCGAUAUAGAUGAAGCUGAAUCUGCGAUAAAGCAGAUUGGUAACAUACUCAAAGCGGUUCAGGAUACUGGUGAUCAUAACAUGGUAUAGAUUUUUGGAUAGAUCAUGUUUUUUUUUCUUGUUUUUACUUUUUUAUUUCUAGUUUUUGGAUUUUCUCCUGUAAAUACAUUUCUGUAGAGUAUAUCGUUGUUACUAUUAUAGACUUAGGCGCU